AUGGGUGGUGCUAAGUCAGCUGUUGAUUUAAUGGAAUCUUCAUCUGAAGUUCAUUUUUCUGGAUUUCACACGGAUGGUUUUGAGCAAAGAGAAUCUAGCAUAGAACAACCAACAACUUCAGAAACUGACAUGUACAAUCAACCUUUUGUCAUAGGUGUUGCUGGGGGUGCAGCAUCCGGCAAAAAAACAGUUUGUGAUAUGAUUGUUCAGCAGCUUCAUGACCAGCGAGUGGUGCUUGUUAAUCAGGAUUCUUUUUACAAUAACUUGAGCGAGGAGGAACGAUCAAGGGUACAAGAUUACAACUUUGACCAUCCUGAUGCUUUUGAUACCGAGGAAUUGCUUUGUGUUAUGGACAAAUUGAAGCACGGUGAAGCUGUAGAUAUUCCGAAGUAUGAUUUUAAGAGUUACAAAACUGACACAUUAAGAAGGGUGAACCCUUCAGAUGUUAUAAUUUUGGAAGGCAUUCUUGUUUUCCAUGAUCCACGUGUUAGAGAGUUGAUGAAUAUGAAGAUAUUUGUUGAUACAGAUGCUGAUGUUCGUUUGGCAAGAAGGAUUAGGCGUGACACCAGCGAGAAGGAUCGGGACAUUGGAGUAAUUCUUGAUCAGUAUUCAAAAUUUGUGAAGCCAGCUUUUGAUGACUUUAUUCUUCCAACAAAAAAGUAUGCUGAUAUAAUCAUACCUCGUGGUGGAGAUAAUCAUGUGGCUAUUGAUUUGAUUGUUCAGCAUAUCCGUACAAAGCUUGGUCAGCAUGACCUGUGUAAAAUAUAUCCGAAUUUAUAUGUCAUUCAUUCGACUUUUCAGAUACGUGGCAUGCAUACACUGAUACGUGAUGCUCAGAUAACGAAGCAUGAUUUUGUAUUUUAUUCUGAUCGUUUGAUUCGUUUGGUCGUAGAACAUGGUUUAGGACAUCUUCCAUUUACAGAAAAGCAAGUAAUCACUCCCACCGGGUCUGUAUACACUGGUGUGGAUUUUUGCAAAAGGUUGUGUGGUGUCUCUGUCAUCAGAAGUGGGGAAAGUAUGGAGAAUGCCUUAAGAGCAUGCUGUAAAGGUAUUAAGAUUGGGAAAAUUCUGAUCCACAGAGAAGGCGACAAUGGAGAACAGCUAAUAUAUGAGAAAUUGCCAAAUGACAUCUCAGAAAGGCAUGUGUUACUGUUGGACCCUAUUCUCGGCACAGGUAAUUCGGCUGUUCAUGCAAUUUCUUUACUCAUAAGAAAGGGUGUACCAGAAUCCAACAUUAUAUUUCUUAAUCUCAUCUCUGCUCCUAAAGGUGUUCAUGUGGUGUGCAAAAGUUUCCCGAGAAUUAAAAUAGUGACAUCUGAGAUAGAGAUUGGUUUGAACGAAGAUUUCCGUGUCAUACCAGGUAUGGGCGAAUUUGGAGAUCGGUACUUUGGAACUGAUGAUGAUGAUGAACAAGUGGUGGUUGCUUCAAAGUAG